AGUUUAAAGCUUUGAUUUGUUCUGUCUGUGCGGAAUUAUAGGCAAGAAAAUCAGGGAGAAAUAAAAGAGAUGUACUAUUUUUGACGUAAAACGCCAAACAACCUGUCACCCCUGUGUUUAGAAUGUGAAUGUUCCUUUCGGGUUUUGUAGGGCGACAGAAACUACCAUUCAACCUUGCUGUCUGUGUGUGACGAUCUCUCAACAUGGCUGGUCCACCGACGUUAUCCAUUGUCGAUUACAUCGUAAUUGCAGCAACGUUGGCGGUGCCGUUGGGUAUGGGUGUCUACUUUGCCAUUAAAGGAAGGAAAAGAAAUACUAAAGAAGAAUAUCUUCUCGGAGGAAGGAACCUGCAUGUGAUUCCUGUUACGUUGUCGUUGUUUGUGACGUUCAUGUCGUCAACGUCACUUAUAGGAAUGCCAGCGGAGACGUUCACGACGGGGUUUGUUUUUGUUCUACACGUGAUCGCUGUUGCUUUGAGUUAUUUAAUAGGAAUAGUCACUAUCGUCCCCAUCAUGCACACUCUGCAGGUGACAAGCAUGUACGAGUAUUUCCACCUGCGCUUCCAGUCUCCCCUGCUCCGGCUCUUGGUGACAGUCAUCGGGAUGUUUCAGAAAAUCGUUUUCACCGCCGUUGUUCUGCUGUCACCUGCAGUAUCAAUACAGACAGCUACUGGUCUACCGUUUUGGGUGUCUGUCGUCAUUGUUGGAUUAGUUGGGACCACGUACACUUCAAUUGGCGGUAUCCGAGGGGUGGUCCUCGUUGAUGUCUUCCAGGCAGCCAUCAUCAUGUUUGGUAUAUUUAUCGUCCUCGUAAAGGGUGUUCACGAAGUUGGAGGUCUAGCCACAACAUGGGAGUUGGCCAAGGAGGGAGGCAGGAUUCCGCCUGUCAACUUCGACCCCGACCCCCGGGUCCGCCAUUCCUUCUGGUCUCUGAUUGUGGGUGGACUGUUUACGUUCUUUGCCUUCACAUUCGACCAGUCAGCCAUUCAGAGGAUCUGUGCGAUACCGAAAAUGUCCGGAGCUCAAAUUGUGUACGCUGUUAACAUAUUUGUAGUAAGCUUCUACAUUAUAUGCGUGUGCUUCAUGGGAAUCGUAGCUUACAGUUACUUUGCGACGAUUGGGUGUGACCCCUUCGAAGCCGGUCAUCUAACCAAUAGAAAUCAGUUGAUGCCCUAUUUUGUUAUGAAAAUAUUUGAAGAUUUCCCAGGGAUGUCAGGAAUCUACCUGGCAACAAUCUUCAGUGGCGCUCUCAGUACGAUAUCAUCAAUCACGAACGGCCUUGCUGCCAACACCAUAGAAGACGUGCUGAGACGCCCAUUUGAGAAAUGUGGGACAUCGGAAUCAGUCAAGCUGCUCACAGCAAAACUAGCAGUGUGGUUUUAUGGUGGCAUCUGUAUAGGUAUGGCUUUCCUGUUAAAGGAGUUACCUGGUACAAUCAUACAGACAGCGAUUGCCCUUUUGGGAGCGUGCGGCGGACCUAUAGUUGGAACGUUUUUCCUAGGGGCGCUCUUUCCAUGGACAAAUAAAAUUGGAGCCAUUGCUGGAGUGCUGGUGUCCUUAGCCAUGAAUCUAUGGUUGACUGUAGGGGCAACAUUGUACGGUCACCCACCCGUCCCACUACCCCCGGCCCCUGGAAACUCAUGUGACAUCCUCACUUCGAAUUCAUCAUACACGACGACACCACCAACCAUCACAAGCACACUGUCGUUAAGUGACGUUACCACCAUCGACCCUAAAGGCACCGUGUACGACAUCUCCUACCAAGAUUAUGGUCUGAUUGGAUGUGUCAUUGCCGUCGUGGUGGGACUGAUUGUCAGCCUGGCCACAUGCAGGAUGUAUCCACGCAUCGAAGAUGAGAGGUUCUUGUUUCCGUUUGUUCGACCAUUGUGGAGGAGCAACAGCCAUGACAAAUCCGAGAAGACAGAAGAAACGGAAAACGGAAAUGUCUUACAGAAGCAGAAAGAAGACGAUGUCGUGAUUACAGCGCUCUGAUUGACUUAUGUUGGCGUACUUUAUAAGAUAUAUACCAGGAAUCUUCAUAAUCAUAAGAAAAUGACGAUGAUGGCGGUAGACAAUUAAACAAAAUAACAAGUGUAUUGAGUUAAAAAUUGAGCACUCAAAUUCACACUUGGAUCCUAAACUAUCAGCUCAAAGGUUCCAAGUUGCAAUUUAAUGUAUACAUCUAUUGUGCCUGCUUGUCCAACUUCUGUUGAC